AUAGUCUCAGGCUGCAGAUGCGUCACAGACAGAACCUCAUUGCUCGAGCCUACCUGCCUUUCCUCUUCCGCAUCAACUCGAUCUUUCUCGAAUUCCACUUUUAAAUCCUUUUCUCUGACUGACUUAUUCUAGGAACACUUCAACCUCCGUUUCUUCACUGGUAUCAGUCUACUAUGGAUGAGGAGAGAGAGGAGGGGGGUUCAGGAGAGGAGCAGCAGAGAGCCGACUCCCCUGGACCCAGCUGUGUCUCCAUGAAGAGUGGCUGGUCUAUGGAACAUCCUGUUAUGUUUAAAGAUGGAAAUCAGUCUAUAGAGAAGAGAGUCCAACAGCAGAGAGCAGACUCCCCUGGACCCAGCUGUGUCUCCAUGAAGAGUGGCCACUCUAGUAUGAUUAUACCAUUUAACUUUAAAGAUGGACGUCCCUCCAGAGAGGAGAGCCCAGAGCAGCAGCAGAGAGCAGACUCCCCUGGACCCAGCUGUGUCUCCAUGAAGAGUGGCUGGUCUAUGGAAGUACCAUUGGAGGAGGAGCAGAGGAGGCGCGCCAUAGAAGGAGUGGUGGACAUCACAAAGCUCUGCCUGAUGGAGAUGAACCAGGAGGAACUGGCCGACGCACUGUGGGGCGGAUCUGAUGCUGUCAAGUGCCAACAUAAAAUAAAGUCUCAUCUGAAGAAGAAGUUCAGGUGUGUGUUUGAGGGAAUCGCUAAAGCAGGACAUUCAACACCUCUGAAUGACUUCUACACAGAGAUCUUCAUCACAAAGAGAAGCAGUGGAGAGGUCAACAAGGAGCAUGAGAUCAGACUGAUUGAAACAGCUUCCAGGAAACCAGCCAUGGAGGAAACACCAAUCAGAUGUGAUGACAUCUUUAAACCCUUACCUGGACAAGGUCAACCAAUCAGGACAAUAAUAACAACUGGAGUGGCCGGCAUUGGUAAAACCGUCUUAACACAAAAGUUCACCCUGGACUGGGCUGAAGGCAAAACCAACCAGGACAUACACUUCACAUUUCUCCUCACUUUCAGAGAGCUGAAUUUACUGAAAGGGAAGUUUAGCUUAGUGGAACUUCUUCAUCACUUCUUUAUUGAGACCAAAGAAGCAGGAAUCUGCAGAUUCGACCGGUUUCAAGUUGUCUUCAUCUUGGAUGGUCUGGAUGAGUGUCGACUGCCUCUGGACUUCCAGAGCAGCCCGAUCUGUACUGAUGUCACAAAGUCCACCUCGGUGGACGUGCUGCUGACAAACCUCAUCAGGGGCUGCCUGCUUCCCUCUGCUCGCAUCUGGAUAACCACACGCCCUGCGGCAGACAAUCAGAUCCCUGCUGAGUGUGUUGGCAUGGUGACAGAGGUGAGAGGGUUCACCGACCCACAGAAGGAUGAGUACUUCAAGAAGAGAUUCAGAGACGAGAAGCUGGCCAGCACAAUCCUCUCCCAUGUCAAGAAAUCACGAAGCCUCCACAUCAUGUGUCACAUCCCAGUCUUCUGUUGGAUCACGGCUACAGUUCUGGAGGACCUCUUCAAAACAUCCCAGAUAGGAGAUGAGAUACCCAAGACCGUGACUCAGAUGUACAGCCACUUCCUGAGGGUUCAGUCCAUACAGGGGGACAGGAAGUAUCAUGGGAGAGCUGAAUCAGAUCCACAAUGGAGUUCAGAGAGCAGGGAGAUCAUUAUUUCUCUGGGAAAACUUGCUUUUAACCAGCUGGAGAAAGGCAACCUGAUCUUCUACGAGGGAGACUUGGCAGAGUGUGACAUCGAUAUCAGAGCAGCCUCAGUGUACUCAGGAGUGUUCACCCAGAUCUUUAAAGAGGAGUGUGGGCUGUACCAGGACAGCGUGUUCUGCUUUGUCCAUCUGAGCAUCCAGGAGUUUCUGGCUGCCCUUUAUGUCUUCUGGUCCUUUAUCAACACUGGGGUCAAUCUGCUCUCAGAAGAACCGCCAACCUCCGGUGAAGAUAAACUCAACCUCUUCUACCAGAGUGCUGUGGACAAGGCCUUACAGAGUGAGAAUGGACACCUGGACUUGUUCCUCCGCUUCCUCCUGGGCCUCUCUCUGGAGACCAAUCAGAUUGUCCUAAAAGGUCUUCUGGGACAGACAAGAAGUAGAUCAGGGACCAAUAAGGAAACGGUGUCUUACAUCAAGAAGAAGAUCGGUGGAUGUCUCUCUCCCGAGAGAAGCAUCAAUCUGUUCCACUGUCUGAAUGAGCUGAACGACCGUUCUCUAGUGGAGGAGAUCCAACAGUCCCUGACAUCAGGAAGCCUCUCCGCAGAAUGUCUCUCUCCUGCUCAGUGGUCAGCUCUGGCCUUCAUCUUACUGUCAUCAGAAGAGGAGCUGGAAAAGUUUGACCUGAAGAAAUACUCAGCUUCAGAGGAGGGUCUUCUGAGGCUGCUGCCAGUGAUCAAAGCCUCCAAAACAUCUCUGGUGAAUGGCUGUUAUCUGUCAGAGAGAUGCUGUGGAGCUCUGGCCUCAGUUCUCAGCUCCAACUCCUCUAGUCUGAGAGAGCUGGACCUGAGUAC